UCUCUUUCCUCUCUGGUCUCGUCCAGUUCCAAAGAAACCAUGCGAUGCGGCCGCGACUUCCCGCCACCAAACUCAAACCGGCCGCCGCACCACCACGCCGCCCGCCUCCUCCUCCGGCAGCCGCCCGCCUCCUCUCCACCGCCGCGCCACCUUCCGACCCAUGCCACCUCCAGCAACAGCAGCAGCAGCAGCAGCAGCAGCUCGACCUCGAUGACCACAUCGGCCGGGGCGACCUCACGCGCGCCCGCCACCUGUUCGACCGAAUGCCGGACCCGGACGCCCGCGCGUACAACUCCCUCAUCCGGGCCUACUCCUGGCGCGGCCCCGCCCACGCCGCCGGCGCGCUCGUCCUCUACGCUGCCAUGCUCCGCGACGCCCGCUGCCCGCCCAACAAGUACACCUUCCCCUUCGUCCUCAAGGCCUGCUCCGCCCUCCAGGACCUCCGCGCGGGCCGUGCCAUCCACCGCCACGCCGCCCGCGCGGGCCUCCACGCCGACCUCUUCGUGUGCACCGCCCUCAUCGACCUCUACAUGAAGUGCGCCCGCUUCGUCCCCGCCGCCGCCGUCUUCCACGCCAUGCCCGCCAGGGACGCCGUCGCGUGGAACGCCAUGCUUGCCGGCUACGCGCUGCACGGCAUGUACCACCACGCGCUCGAGUGCCUCCUCCGCAUGCAGGAGGGAUGCGCCAGCCUCAGGCCCAACGCCUCCACCCUCGUCGCCCUCCUCCCGCUGCUCGCCCAGCAGAGCGCGCUCUGUCAAGGAAAGUCGGUGCAUGCCUACAGCGUCCGUGCCUCUCUCCACGACAAGGACGGGGUGCUCGUCGGCACCGCGCUGCUGGACAUGUACGCAAAGUGCGGGGAAUUGCUCUACGCACGCAGGGUCUUCGAGGCCAUGCCCAUCAGGAACGAUGUUACUUGGAGCGCCAUCAUUGGAGGUUUUGUGGUUUGCGGCAGGAUGACGGAGGCCUUCGGUCUGUUCAAGGACAUGCUGGCACAAGGACUGGGCUUCCUUUCCCCGACCUCCGUCGCCAGCGCUCUCAGAGCCUGCGCCAGCCUGGCUGAUCUCCACAUCGGUAAACAGCUUCAUGUCUUGCUUGCGAAAUCUGGCCUCCACUCUGACCUGACCGCCGGGAACUCGCUCCUCUCGAUGUAUGCCAAGGCUGGGUUGAUCGACGAAGCUACUGCCCUUUUUGAUGAGAUGGCGGCCAAGGACACGGUCUCUUACAGUGCGCUCGUAUCAGGAUAUGUGCAGAAUGGCAUGGCGGAUGCAGCGUUUCUCAUCUUCAGGAAGAUGCAGGCCUGCAACGUACAGCCGGAUGUUGCCACAAUGGUGUCACUCAUCCCAGCGUGUGCACACCUGGCGGCUUUGCAGCAUGGCAAGUGCAGCCAUGGUUCCGUCAUAGUUCGUGGAAUGGCACCAGAGACCUCUAUCUGCAAUGCCUUGAUGGAUAUGUAUGCAAAGUGUGGAAGGAUUGAUCUCUCCAGACAGAUCUUUGAUGUCAUGCCAGCUCGGGAUAUUGUGUCGUGGAAUACUAUGAUUGCGGGAUACGGAAUCCAUGGGCUCGGGAAAGAAGCCACUGCGCUGUUCUUGGACAUGAACAAUCACGCUUGUGAACCUGAUGGCGUCACAUUCAUUUGCCUAAUUUCGGCGUGCAGCCAUUCCGGGCUCGUGACUGAAGGGAAACGCUGGUUUCACAUGAUGGCACAUAAGUAUGGUAUAACUCCAAGGAUGGAGCACUAUAUCAGCAUGGUUGAUCUUUUGGCGAGGGGGGGUUUCCUUGAUGAAGCCUAUCAGUUUAUCCAGAGCAUGCCAAUGAAAGCAGAUGUUCGUGUAUGGGGAGCCUUGCUUGCAGCUUGCCGGGUUCAUAAGAACAUCGUUUUAGGAAAGCAAGUAGCUAGGAUGAUCCAGAAACUAGGACCUGAGGGGACUGGUAACUUUGUUCUGUUGUCCAACAUGUUCAGCGCCGCUGGGAGAUUUGACGAGGCAGCAGAAGUUCGAAUAAUACAGAAGGAGAAGGGGUUCAAGAAGAGCCCUGGCUGCAGUUGGAUCGAGAUAAAUGGCUCUCUGCAUGCAUUUAUUGGCGGGGACAGAUCUCAUCCACGGUCACCUGAGAUAUAUCAAGAGCUGGAUAACAUCCUGGUAGAUAUUAAUAAAUUGGGUUACCAGGCUGAUACAAGUUUUGUUCUCCAAGAUCUUGAGGAAGAGGAAAAGGAGAAGGCGCUUCUUUAUCACAGCGAAAAGCUAGCAAUAGCUUUUGGUGUCCUCACACUUAGUGAAGAUAAGACCAUUUUUGUUACGAAGAAUCUCCGUGUGUGUGGAGAUUGCCAUACUGUUAUCAAGUACAUGAGCUUAGUCAGGAGAAGGGAUAUAAUCGUCAGAGAUGCCAAUAGGUUUCAUCAUUUCAAGAAUGGGCAAUGCAGCUGUGGAGAUUUUUGGUGACAGCAAUACUACAGUCCGGUACAUGACCUCUCAGUUUUGUCUUGUAUCAGUCAUUCAGUUGCAUGCCUUCAAUAGUGGAGCAUUUAGAACUUCAACAGAAUGCCCUUUGAGGUGCCAAGUUUCUAUGUUCCUGCAAGUUUUGCCCUCACAAAGAGUUAUCCAAAGUGAUUGUGUCAUGAAGUCAAAAGGAAAAUCUCAAGGCAUGUAAAUGUGCUAUUCUUCCAAAUCAAGCAAAUUCAGUAUAAUGAUGGUGAUCUCUUCUUUGUUGAGAGAGAGAGAAACUGCAGAUAAUCUCUUCUUUGUGCACGUGAAUGGCAGAGAUUAUAUAUCUACUUGGAAGCAAGCACUCAGCAAGCCCGUCUAGCUCAGUUGGUAGAGCGCAAGGCUCUUAACCUUGUGGUCGUGGGUUCGAGCCCCACGGUGGGCGCAUUUCCUGUUUUUUGUUUCUUUUUUUGUUCUGCUGCAAACAAACUCUGUACUGAUAUUUUGCCCAACAAGGGUGCCCCAAACUGCAUUUUCAUGCGUGCUGCCUUGUUGGCAUGUACAACAAUGCAAAAAAAAGGGGGUGAAUUUUCAGAUGUACAGUUAAGCCUAGUGAUCUAGCCUGCCAUACAUCUUACUUGCUGUUUAUGUAUCCCAACAGGCACAGCAGAGGGUAUUAUACUGAUACUGGGGUUGAUGUUGGUCACCCCACUAUCCGAAGCAAAAACACCUGCAAACCUCAGUGGUCGUUGCAUCUGGACCCGGGAGCUGCUGCUGGGAUGUUCUUCUCGGUCGUCAUCAUCUCCGCCGAAGCAGUGCACAAUCCGGUAGGCGUCGGCGGUCCUGACCUCCUGGGCGAGGGAGCAGGGGAAGCAGCACCAUCAGCAGGGGAAGCAAUUGAGAAUAAAUGGAUUUUUAAGAAGAAGACUGACGCUGAUGGUAAUGUUACUGUCUACAAAGCUCGACUUGUCGCAAAAGGUUUUCGGCAAGUUCAAGGAAUUGACUA